ACUUAAAGAAUACAGAGAUUCCUAUAAGAAAAAACGAAGACGACGAAACAGAGAGAGAGCUGUGUGAGAAAGAGAGAGAAGAAAAAAAAAACCCUAGCCUUCUCUUUUUAAAAAAACACAAAUGGAGGGACAUGAGAGUGUUUGAAUUAAAGCAAAAUCAUGGUAGAGAAGGAGCUGAAAUGGACUACUUUGGAGGAGCUUUUGCUAGCGUGCGCCGUGAAACGCCAUGGCCACAAGAACUGGGACUCUGUCGUCAUGGAACUCCAGAACCGAACCUCUUUCUCUCUCCUAUUGACCGCUCCAGUUUGCAGAAAUAAAUACUACGACCUCAAACGCCGCUUCAUGGACGAACACGAUGACGAUGACGAUGACAAAGAGGUUGAUACUAUUCCCUGGAUUGAGGAGUUGAGAAAACUCCGAGUCGCUGAGCUCAAACAAGAGCUUCAUCGAUACGAUCUUUCGAUCCAUUCGUUGCAGUCGAAGGUGAAGAGAUUGGAGGAAGAGCGCGAAAGGAGCUUGAAGGAGAACGAAAACGACGACGAGAAACCAGAUCUGGAGAAGGAUUUGAAGGAGGAGAGAUCGGAAAACGAAAAAAACGACGGCGACGAUACGCCGGAGAAGGUCGCCGUCGGUGGCUCAGACCGGUCGGUGAACGAGUCCAAUUCGGCUGCGGUGAAUGAAGAACGGAGAGAUGCGAUCGAGGCCGGAGACGUUAAACCGGAUCCGGCAUCGAGUGAUUCGAAACCGGCCGGUGCGGAUUCGUAUAACGAUAGCACGGAUACGGUGGCUAAGCACGCGGCGGCGAGGACGAGUCAGGAGGAGAAAGGUGGUGGUGAUCCGGCGGAGUUGCGGCGGGACAUGGCGGCCGCGGCGGCGGGGGAAUCGAAGGAAGGGACAAAAGAGAGCAGCGACGUGCAGAGCACGGCGAGUUUGACGAGGAAGCGACACCGUGAGAAGGAAGUUUCCGGCGGGAGUAGCGGCGGAGGAGGGGACGAGCCGGUGGUGUCUCCCGCCACCACCAUCAAGCGGGGAGCGGUGAAAUCGGAGCCGUUGGUUGGUCUUCUAGAUAUUAUCCGAUCGCACAAACACGGCUCGAUGUUCGAGCGCCGGCUCGAAAGCCAG